AUGGCUGCUAUGGCCUCAAACGAAAUGUCUGCAGAUGGUGCAUCUAAUCAAUACUCUGCACCAGCACCGCAAAUGAGUAGUCAAGCUCCUGCUGGCUCAAAUGCUGCACCGAGUUCACAGCUUCCGGGCCAUGCUUCAUUUAGAAGCGACCGAGGAGAGACAGUCGACGAACGGUCACCUCAAGUUGAUUCCCCGAAUACCCAAACUCCUAGGACUACUAUCACCUAUAACACUCAAGAUGGAACACCUUCGACUUCUCUCACGGAAGCUCAAGCCCGCCAGCGGGAGAAUGACGAAACUACUUACGCCCAAUUCAUGAAGCCUAAAUUCACCAGAGCGCCCAUAAAAGAGGCAGGAAGAGUGGCAUAUCUGGGAGAAUCAUCGAAUUUGACAUUACUCGUACAUGAUCGACAUGGCAACGCGGACGUUGUGCAUUAUCCUUUACCGGAAAAUAUUAGGGGAUCCAGGGCGAGGUUGACGGAAUUGGAUAACGUGGAAAUCGAUAUCCUACAUCAACGGGGAGCAUUUUUACUUCCUCCUAGAUCUCUCUGUGAUGAAUUGGUUGAUGCAUAUUUCAAGUGGGUUGCCCCAAUUGUGCCUGUAAUCAAUCGGAACAGAUUUAUGAGACACUAUCGAGAUGCCAAAAACCCACCUUCACUUUUGUUACUGCAGGCUAUCCUUCUGGCUGGAUCCAGGGUCUGCACAAAUCCUCAGUUAAUGGAUGCCAAUGGAUCAACAACCCCUGCUGCCUUGACAUUUUACAAGCGCGCUAAAGCCCUAUACGACGCGAACUAUGAGGAUGACAGGGUUACAAUUGUACAGGCUUUGGUUCUGAUGGGAUGGUAUUGGGAAGGACCGGAAGAUGUGACGAAGAACGUGUUUUAUUGGAGCAGGGUGGCGACUAUUGUAGCACAAGGUUCGGGCAUGCAUAGGAGCGUUGAAGGUUCUGCACUCAGCAAAGCUGACAAGAGGCUUUGGAAGAGGAUUUGGUGGACAUUGUUUACCCGUGACCGAUCUGUUGCCGUCGCUCUAGGCCGCCCCGUGCAUAUCAAUACUGAUGAUUCCGACGUGGAGAUGGUCAGUGAGGAUGAUUUUAUCGAGGAUGAGAAUGAUCAGCCAGCCGAAUUUCCCCAAGAGCCGAUCCAUGUCCAAUUUUUUCUUCAAUAUGUUAAGCUUUGCGAAAUCAUGGGGUUGGUUCUCUCACAACAAUACAGCGUGGCUUCAAAAGCUCGACGGCAAAAUGCGAUUGACCUUACCCACAGUGAUAUGGCCUUGGCAGACUGGCUUUCUCACUGUCCUAAGGAGGUAUAUUGGGAAAUGCCUCGACAUCAAUUCUGGGCAGCUUUGCUACAUUCAAAUUACUACACAACACUAUGCUUAUUACACCGAGCACAUAUGCCACCCGCUACUACACAGAGGGGUGGUUAUGAGGAAAACGUAUAUCCGUCUCGGACUAUCGCAUUUCAAGCCGCAGGUAUGAUUACCUCCAUCAUCGAGAAUCUAUCAGCACAUGAUGAGCUUCGAUACUGCCCAGCAUUCAUCGUUUACAGUCUAUUUUCUGCCUUGAUCAUGCAUGUUUAUCAAAUGCGAUCCUCAGUACCUUCCAUCGUCGCAGCUACCCAAGAGCGAAUGCGCGUAUGUAUGAAUGGCUUGAAGAAUGUAUCGAGAGUUUGGCUCGUAGCUAAGAUGGUCUACACACUGUUUGAGUCCAUCUUGGGAAAUAAGGUUCUCGAGGAGCGCCUUCAGAAAGCUGCUGGGAAACGGCAUAAACGCAUGGCGCAAGGCAUUAGCGAUGGCCUCAACCAGGCCAAAAAUGACGGCCUGAAGAGAAAAUAUGACGAUAUGUCACUGGACUUCGGUGUAAGCAGUGGACCAGCACCACAGGAAUCGUAUGAGCGGUCCAGACCACAAACACCUAGUCAAGGAUUUAAUUCCUCCUCGAUGCCUGCACCGCCCAUUACAUCGCCCAAUCAAAGACAGAAUCGAGACACAUUCAUGGGAGGCUCUAGUUCUCGCCCUCAGACACGUCCAGCUACACCAUUCAACCCCUCAUAUUCCGUUCCGGCCACACCCCCAGAUCUCUAUCUCGUUACUAGAAACUCCCCAAACAUAUCGCAAUCUCUCUGGGAGAACUUUCAACCAGAUCAAUUGUUCCCUGAAGGUGGCCCUGGUCUAAAUAAUAUCCAAUUCUCCCCGCCAAGCCAUCCCAAUCUUGAUCCGAACCUCAUGCCCAAUCUCGGUGCACCCCAACAGCCAAUUUCGAAUCAGAAUCAAUCAAAUCAACUGCCUCAACGCAUGCAACGAGGCCAGCCUGGAAUGAGUAGUAGUCCUACCCAAGGAGGCAAUAUGCUUCCAUCUGGAGUUCCCAAUUAUGGCAUGAACCAAAAUAUUUGGCAGCAAGGCUUUGAACAGACAAUGCAUGAGCCUCAAGGCCAAAGUCCUAGUGAUACCUGGAGUAAUAGUUCUGCGCAGGCUGUUCCUACAACCUUGAACGUAGAGGAUUGGUUUCAAUUCUUUGGAAUUAAUGGGGAUUUGACAGGUAUGAAUGGUGAUGUCCCAUUAGCUUGA